UCGAUAUGACGUAGGUAAAGCCUGGACACCCACAAUGCAUCACGGCGCGCCAAACUCGAGAUCUGUCAAUAAGCAUAAAUUAGUUCGCGAUAGCUUAUAGCUCACGGAAUAAAAAAAAUGAGCAAAAAAGACAACGGAGGUUUAACAGUCAUAUUUGCUUACCUGAACGAGAAGAACCGUCCUUACAGUGCCCAAGAUGUCUUUAACAAUUUACAGAAGCAGCACGGCCUGGGAAAGACGGCUGUGGUUAAAGCCAUGGAACAGUUGGCACUGGAAGGGAAGAUCAAAGAGAAAACCUACGGGAAGCAAAAGAUCUACUUUGCUGAUCAGGCCCAGUUUGCAGAGGUGAGUGAGGCAGAUCUGAAGGCCAUCGACAGUCGCAUCUCUGACCUCAGCACACAGGUGCAGGUUAUCUCUCAGGGCUGCAGACAACUGGACACAGAGCUGAAGGAGCUCAACAGCUCCCUGACCACAGAGGAAAUGAUAUCAGAGAUCCAGGAGCUGAAAGAAGUGUGUUCUGGUUACAGGGAGAAUCUGGAGAAGAUCAAGUCAGCGACCAAUCAUGUCACACCAGAGCAGAAGGAGAUGGUUUACAAGGAGAGACAUCUCUACGUGAAAGAGUGGAAGAAGAGGAAGAGACUGGCAGCUGAUAUGAUGGGUUCCAUUUUGGAGGGAUACCCCAAGACCAAGAAGCAAUUUCUGGAAGAAGUUGGUGUGGAGACUGAUGAGGACUGUAAAGUGACUAUGCCAAGUACCUGACAGAAUGUUGGAGGAUCUUUGUUUACUUUGACUUGAAUGUCAAUUCUGAGGGAGUAUUAUGCCAUCAAAACUCAUUCCAAGAAUAA